AUGGCCGCCAAGCCGAACUGUUUGAUAGUUUGCAGUUCUGCAACUCAAGGCGUUUCAGCUCAAUCCUUUAUUCAUGCAUUUACUUUGACGCACUCAGUAUUCAAUGUCCAGAUCGCAACACCACAAGGUCAGCAAAUAGAUUUUGUGAAAUCAGAUGAUAACAGCAGGAAGUGGUUGAAUGAGUUUCGAACCAAACCAUUUUCAGUCCCUGGAAAACUUGAAAAUGUUGAUGCAUCAAGAUAUGGUGCAGUGCUUAUCCCAAGUGCUCCAGGAGCCCUUCAUGAUCUUGCUCAAGACAGUGAGCUUGCAAAACUUCUCAAUACAUUUGUCCAUGAAAAAAAGCCCAUCUGUGCCAUUGGACAUGGUGUUGCUGGACUCUGUUCAGCAAGGAGAGAGGAUGGAAAAUCUUGGAGUUUCAAGAGCUUUAGUAUGACAGGGCCAUCAGUUUUUGAAUCAGCUCGUUCAGCUGAUUUUUCAAGUCUACCUAUCAUUCUGGAAGACUGGAUCAAAGAUCAUGGAGGAACAUUCAGUGCCAGUGAACCAGAUGGGAUGCAUGUCAUCAUUGACAGACACCUUAUAACUGGACAAAAUGACACUUCAACACUUUCAGCUGUUCAGAAUCUAAUUCUUCUGUGCAAUGCAAGACAAGGCAAGGCCAAGAGUUGAGGCUGACUAAGAUGGACAGCUUAAAAAAAUAUACAAUAACUUAGUCUGCUCAAAAAUUGAAUGACAGUUGAUAUGGUUGACAUCACUGUUUCUAGGAAACUUUCCAGUUACAGAAGUUAAUAAAUGGGUGUAUGGUUGGUAGCUCAAUACAAUAUUGUUUUUCAGAGAAUGUUCUUAAUUUCUUAGAAAUAUGUAUUUCUUCAAAACCCCAGUAACUCUCAGAAGUGAUUAACAAGUAACUUCUCCCUAUAAUAUUCAUACAUUAUCCGCCGAGCUGGUGAUGAGAAUACUUAAACUUAUCAGGUAAUAGUUGUUAUCUUGAUCUAACAAAAAUUUUUGCAACUACUUUACAAGGAAAUGUUUAGCAGCUUGAGGGGAGGAUUAAAACUCAGAUCUUAGGAGUUAAAGUGGAGAUAGAAGUCAAAGAACAUUAAGAAGGAAAAAACCUAAUAUUUUCAAAUUUUCUAAUAGAUCAAAUGAUAUGACUUGUAGAUGGAUGUCUCAAGACAGUCGGAUUAUGGAGAAAAUGAAUUGACUUUUAAUUUACAAUGGGUUUUUAAGUUUUACAGUAAGAGAUACUGUUUUGUGGUGUUCUUCAAAUUGUUUUUUUUUUCUGUUGAAAUUUAUUUUCAAAUUGACCUAUCUGCUAAAAUUGAAAGGACAAAAUGUUUGUGCUAUACAAUAUGCAAUAUAAAUAGUUUUGUACAUUCAACUGUCAGUGAAAAUCCAGAGUUUUGCACCCUAACACCAGCAUGUUUAUUCUCCUUACUGUUCUCUACACAUUUCCUUACAUGCAGGAAAGGAGAAUUUGUUUAACAAUCAAGAGCUUCUUUAGUUAGUGAUCAUUUCCUUUAUUCUCGUGAUCUUCAUGUUUGAUUCAGGUGCGAUACUGUUGGGAGAAAUUAGAUGUUAAUCACUUUUAGGGGUUAAAGGGUUAAUUAUCUUCUUAAUUCUUUGGUCAUGUUUCUUUGGUGGUAUCAUAACUUUGAAGAAGACAGUAGGAGUUGUAGGUUACCAGGCCAAACACCAGUACAACUUAUGCCCUGUUCACACCAAUUUAAACAAGUUUCAUUAAACGUAGUUUUUUUAAACAUGGUUUUAAACAUGUUUGUCUACAUGCGCCUGCAGUGUGGACAGGUAGUUUACUAAAACUAGUUGAUUAAAACAAGAUUAAUCAUGUUUAAGCUUUGGUGUGAACGGGGUAUUACUUCUCAUUAUCAAAUGACCCAAAUAACCUAGAAUUUACAAACCUAUAGAAUACCAGAGUGAAAGGUGGUGUGUGUAGGGCUUAAAAGGGUUGUGGAAGCUAAGGCAGCUCUUUUUCAUUUGCCAAGAACAUGAAUUGAAAUUAUGGACUUCAACUCAGAAUAAAGAAAAUGAGAUAAAGAGUUGUGCUUCUCAAAGAAUUGAGUUUCUUGUUCUGAUUUGAAGAAAAAAAGGAAAAGUUUUUACUCUAGAAUAUUUUCAUUGGUGUCUGUUUCAAAAAUUAGUGGCCAUAUGAUAAAAUGCUUUUUGACAAAUGAGUAUGGGUAGGCUGGAUGGGAAAAUAUUUGGCUCUCAGUCAUGACACAGAGACCUCACUGAACUUGAUCUGUAUGUCAAAACUUUGAGCCAAAUAAUUUCCCAUUCAGCCCUCCCAGUCAUUCAAUAAGUAGAUAUUAUUGGUAACACUAAAGAUUGCAAACUGUUGUUAUUUUAUUUGUCAAACUCACUCUCACCUAAACACAUUGAUAGUUCAAACAGUACUCUGGCUAGAUUUAAGAUAUGUUAAUUAUUAACAAAAUUGACAAACAUUAUUGCAUUACAUCUUUUAAUACUGUUACAACUGAUAGUUUUAAUCCACAAAUUAAAUUAUUUCUUGCGUA